AUGGGUGACUACGUGUAUUAUCGGAAUACCUCUGCUCGCGCCAGUUUGGAUCCUCACGCCAAGCCGGAUAUUCUGCGGGUUACUGAGGGUGUGGCUGUUAUGAGAGAGUCUAAGGGAAGAGGGCGCCGCACCACCUGGUCGCUGGGUGUAGCAUCGUAUGCUGGCCGCAGGGGAAGGUCCCACGUGUUUCAGGUAGUGUACGACAGUGGAGAAGUUGAGGUGGUUAGUGUGAGCGAGUUGUGCAAUCGUGUGGCCCCUACACACCCCUCUGCCAAGAAAGCGAUGGCGGGCAUCUCUGAGGCCAAUGAGCAUCCGUGCUCGGGCCCGUUCGAGCUUCACACGACCAAAGGGGUCAGCCAAGCUUUGGCCCGUGUGAUGCCGGGAGAGCACAAUCCAAGCAAAGUGAAGGCAUUGGUGACUGCCGGAUGUAAAGGUAUCAUGAGGAAGGAUCCUGUGAGGGCUGAGGAUGUUAGCGUUCUAACGCAAGCCAUCGCAGUUGGUUGUGUGGGAUCAGUGUUUAUCCCCUGGAAGUGGGAUGAGAAGGCAAUGCAGCAGUUGCGGGAUGGUGCCUGCACCGUUCGAUAUAUGCCCGAUAAGGCAACCCUCUAUGCGGCCCAGCCGCAGAGUUUUGCAAAGGCUCGUUCUGAUGGAGUCGCCAUGCCAAUCAUAGGGUUGGAUAUCUCUGAGGAGGUGAUGGACGUGGUGUUGCCGGUGGCAUAUCAGCAUGCUGAGGUAGCUGUCAUCGCUGCUGUGCCUCGCACUUAUAUCACACCGGCGGAUCCGGCAUGUUUGCAUUGGCUCCGUGCUGUGCAACGGGACGACCGUUUGAGUGUUUUGCAAAUAGGAAAGGGGCCCCGCCUUUUUUCCGGCUUUCUUGAAGCCGACACCCAACUUGUUUUUGUUAUGAUGCAAGGCCAAUCUGAGCAUCCCAGGUUACGCCUUUGCUGUGUUUCACUGCCACAGAUUUGA